UGCGUGGGAUCGGCAGUGCUCUUCUGAGGUCGGUUAUUCCAAUCUAAAUCAAGGAAAUUUAUGUUAUUAGAAGCAUCGAUCUUCAAAUUUUCUGUGAGGGGAACAACAAUUAUAACUGGGUAGCUCAAGAAAUCGAUAUCAAUGGCGGCACUGAGAUCGCAGUUUCUUCAUAUGCUAUUGUUGAUUGCGCUUUUGUCUCCAUGUUGGGGGAAAUGCAGCACUAAAUGCAAAUCCAAGUUCUGCAAAGAAGCACCUCUUCUAAGGUAUGGGAAAUACUGUGGGGUAUUUUAUACAGGAUGCCCCGGAGAAGCUCCAUGUGAUGGGCUUGACAGGUGUUGUAUGAUUCAUGAUCAAUGCAUAGGCAAUUCCAAUUACCUGAACGUGGAAUGCAAUCAGGCUCUGCUAGACUGCGUCCAUGCUUACAAAAAUUCUGGAGAUGGGCAGUUUCGAGGAAAUACCUGCGAAAUAGGGGAUGUGGAACACACCAUUAAAGUCGCCAUUGAAGCAGGUGUUUGGAUUGGACAUGGAGAUGGAGAUGGAUCUGCUCUUCCUUCUUCUGAUCAUCCUUUCUCCUCUACUCCUGACCCUUAAUUUAAUUUUCUGUUAAAUCUCUUCCAUUUCUCAUCCUCGUUCUCCUUUUAUAUAAUUUGUACACUGCGAUUCCAUAAAGAUUAUUUGUAAACUGUUGCUGCAAUAUAUGGAGGAUCUGGAGCCCUG